GGCAGGUUGAGGUUUCCUUAGAGAACUGUCGUGCCCUCAGAACAGACGCAACUUUUCCGGUACCAAACCUCAAGCUCAGGUUGAAAACAAUUAGUGCAAAAGAUAACGAGCAGAAAAUUCACUUGAAAGCAUGCAGCUACACAGACAAGAGAGAAAGCAGCAGAGAAAAAGUGACAGAGGGAGUAACUGACAGACGGGAAGUCUUUCGUAAGCUUCACAUACGCUGCAUUCAGCGACAGUAGUGAAGUGUGAGAGCGGUGGAGGAACAGGUAAAGUGUUGUAACUUUGUAGAUUCCUGAUGGCAUCUGAUCCUGGCAGCAGAGCGGAGGAACAGCCACCAGCGCUGCCUGUCAAACAGCACAGGAGUCACUCCUACAGAGGCUCCAGUGUGGGGUCUGACUGUGUCAUGCUCAGCCCUGUCGGACUCCAGCGUCAGAACUACGCAUUCAACGAUGUCUUCCUUGAACCCACUGAUUGUCAUGCAGCCCAGUGCCCCAUACACCAGCGAUACGAUCCCUCCCGACACCAGGAGAGAUUUUUCUCUGAUGGCACCCCGCCGCCUGUUCCAAAGAAGAGGUUAGCUCGUACCCUCUCCCUCCCUGGCAUCGAUGGGCCUCCACUCUCUCCUCUGUCUCCACUGCAAAGACACCCUCAAAACUUUGACAACCCCCUGUACAUGCUGGCACCCAUAUCAGACACCUGUUGCCACGAGGAGACAGAAGAGUUUAAAUCAGCCAGAAGGAGUCCUGUCCCUUUGUUGCCGUUGUCCCAGCUGUCCUUUCACACCCCAGACGAACAUCUGCCCUACCUCUUCAGCAGCUUUGACGACCAGAGGGUUGUUUGUCAGGGGAUUCAGCAUCGCCAUCUUCUCUUCCUGAGAAGUAUGGCACAGAGCGUGGAGGCCGGUAUCCUGCUGCAGGGAGAGGCCUCAGAGAGGGACGUCAGCUCAUACCAGCCUCAGGAUUUCCUGCUGUGCGAGGGCAGCAAGCCUAAGCAGAUUGGAGACACAGUUUACUACGGCCUGCGCAGCCCCAAGCUUCUAGGGAAGGUGCUUGGUUUAAGGGUGCACAAGCAGACUGAUGAAGCUUCGUCAGCUCACACCCAACACCAGUCAUCGCAUGUCAAUGUGCAAGAUAUUAUUGCUCAUUUCCAGCCAAGCAACACAGUGAAGAAUGAUUCCGGCAUCUUGCAGGCUCAAGAUCCCUCUCCUCCUUUAAAGUCAGACUGCACUGCCGCUAAACCAGCAGGUGGAGGCAGCACUGAGAACUCCACAGAUCGCAUGAACAUUAACCUGCCCUCAGUUCAGUCUUUCCUCCAGAAAGGACACCCAGUUAGCGUUGAGAGAGACCUGCCACAUGCCACUCUAGAGGACUUUGUUCAGGAUAGCUGCUUGCUGCAGAGCACAGAUUGUUUGCAUUAUGACAGACAGGUAUGUGUUCUGUUGCUGCAGAUAUUAUUGGGCUCACAACAUCUGUACGUCAGUGCCACGGCAGCUGAGUUCAAACCUCAGAAGAUCUUUUUAGUGUGGCCCAACGGAGAGAAGAGAGAGGGAGAAAACGUGUUAGAACAGGAUGCUGCUGAAAUGAAGGAGGGCUUCAAGACCAGUAGGCCUAGAUUUAAAGAAGAAAUGGAGUGGGAAAAGACAAAGAAAGGAACGAUCCAGAUGUCAUGGAGGUCACACGGUUCCCCUCGUGUAGUGUUAACCCCGCUAUCAUCUGCUCUCUCUGUACCUCACCCCCUCACCUACAUCAGAUCCCAAAUUGGAGCGCUAAUUCAAUACUGCCUCGACUCACAAGAGAGCCUGACACCUCUGGGCUCAGUUCCAACUCUGCCCAAGUCCUCUUACCGCAGGGGGCUUCUUUAUCUGGCCUCUGAGCUCCAGAGUGAGAGCAGUGGGCCACAGAUGCCUGACAUGGUGGCCAUGCUUCAAGUGCUCCUCUGGGGGCCACGUGACCCACUCUUCAAUCACAGAGGCUCUACGGCCGCCACUGUACACAACUGGCUGACGGUCAAGCGGGCCCUGCUGGUGAUGAAGUUGGCAGAGAGAGGGCUAGUCCAGGAUCAGUCUGUUCUGGACUGGGAGGACUGUAUGUGCCUGCAUUACCUGUCAUUUGCAGACCCUGAGACAAUUGUGAGCGUGACCAGUCAGCUAUGGCUCACUCUGAAUAUGGACUGACAUUUAGAGUGAAAAGUUGGGAGUCACGGGAGUUGAUGGUUAAUUAGUCAACCAUCAGUCGCUUUAUGUACUGUGGUCAAAAAUACACUAAGAAUGUGUAUGUAGUUUCCAUCCUUCAACAAUGUUUUCCCUAUACUGCUCAUCAUAAUGCAAACCGAUCUAAUAAAAUGCUCGACUUGUUCAAAUGAGUGAAUAUUUGCUGCUGUAAAAUCAGUCAUUAAAAGGCCAUGAAAACGUAUUUUCUCAAUCAGCUUCGGUAUUUCUCUGAAGAAAAAAAAAAGCAUACAGAGAUCUUAACAGCAUUUGUCUGUGACUUCACAAGACCACAGACGCCACUCUGUAAGGUGAGCAAUUUUAUUUAGUACAGUUACAACAUGCAGAUUUCUAUCAAGUGAAUCAAUGCAACAAAUGAAAAUCAUGCACACGUAAAAAAAAAAAAA